CAACUUGCAAAUGGAGAUAGAGGCUUUGAAAAUGUGGAGCUGGGCAUCAUAGGAAAGAAGAAGAAAAUUCCAAGGAGAGUUAUUCAUUUUGCAAGUGGAGAAACAAUGGAAGAGUAUAGCACAGAUGAAGAGGAAGAUGAACAAGAGAAAAAAGACCUGUUGCAGCCUGUUGAUCCUACAACGCUCACAUGGGGACCCUACUUGUGGUUUCAGAUGCUGCGAGUUGCCACAUCAACCUUAUCAGUGUGUGAUUUUCUUGGGGAAAAGAUUGCAUCUGUGCUGGGAAUAAGCACACCAAAAUACCAGUAUGCCAUUGAUGAGUAUUACAGAAUGAAGAGAGAGGAGGAAGAGGAGGAACAGGAAAACAAGAUGUCAGAAGAAGCAGAAAGACAGCAUCAGGAACAGCAGAGCAAACCACAGGCUGAAGCUCCUGUCCAAACAGACCAGCCUGAAGCAACAGCAUGCACUUCAUUUCUGAAUGUAAACUUUGAAAAUGAGGGAGAUUGCCAGUCCACUGGGGAAAAUAACCAUGAUGUAGUUCCUGUCCCUCCUUAAGUGUAAAGCUCUGUGUAAUGUAGGAAAUAGGAAGUAUCAAGUGUCACAAUCUGGAUAUAAGCAGGAGGAAAAGUAAGAUUGUUCAGUGAAAUACAACUUCUGGCAUUCUUAUUGAUCUUGAGAGAGCUAGGCAGUGUCUGUUCAGUCUCUCUGCCUAAUAAAGACAGGGGCAUUCUGCCAAAUUGGCACUUCAGAUAAAAUGAAAAUUGCACUACAAACAUUUGGUCCAAAAUUCAAUGUGUGAGCUAAUUUCUGUGUAAAGCAAUUAAAAAUGUCUUUUCUUUGAAUUUCUGUGUCUCUUAAUGCCUGUGGAUUGCAGAUGUAGUGCUGUUUCCUACUUC